AAGACAUGCGCGACACAUACGAGCAUACACGUUCUACUCACGAGUAGCAUAUUCACAAUAGCUUAUCAUCUUCGGGUCAUCUACGCGACAAUAUCUGGCCACCACAUAGCGAACGCGACAGGCUCCAAAACAUAUGGGCACUCAGGAGUAGCGACAGUCUAUAGGAGCUCGGGUGCGUCAUGGUGUCUUUUGAAGAUGAGGACCCGAUAGAAGGGUCCGGCGAAGAAUCUCAAGAUGAAGACGAAAACAUGGACGACAAUGACAACGACAACGACAAUGACAAUGACAAUGACGAAGGGGAAGGAGAAGGAGAUGACCAAGAGGAGGGUGAGGGCGAAGGCGACGAAGAAGGAGACGACGAAGACGCAGACCAAGAUGAUGACGGCGACCAAGACGACGACGAAGAAGGCGACGCAGACGGAGAUGCCGAAUCGCCAUCACAAUCGCGCCGCCAAAGUCGAGCCUCCCCUACCACAUCACGACCGCCCAACCCUACCGUCAUGCUGACCUCGCCGUCACCGCGCCCUUCUGCACAUCAAUCGCCGAGUAUGCACCUACCGUGGCCCUCGGUUCGGCAAGAAGCCAUCAAUGCCGUCACUUACGACAUUGUGCCUACCAUGGCAGCACCACAGAGCACAUCGAUCAAUGCUGUCGCAGCGACGCCAGACAUGAGGUGGGUCUUCAGUGGUGGCUCUGACGGCUACAUUCGCAUGUACAACUGGGUCGAGACGGCGAAUGGCAAAGUGCCCUUGACGGUAGCGCAAAAGCACCCUUUCGUGGACAGCGUCAUGAAGGCUGGCAGCUUGACCACAUACUGGGAGAAUGAAGAGACGUCAGUGCGCACGCCGCCUGCUCAAUCUGCUGAAGAAGCAAAAGACUCGUCGCCUGUCUAUUCCCUAGCGACACAACACCAAGCGACGUGGCUUCUCUCAGGCCUCGAGUCUGGCGCAAUCAAUCUACAAACAUGCCGUCACCAAGCAGGCACGAAGAUCACGACAUUGCGCGAACACACUUCAGCCGUCUCGGUCCUCAGUCUGGCUCAAGACGAAUACUCGUUCCUGUCAGGGAGUUGGGACAAGACAAUUCUCGACUGGGACCUGAAUGUCGGCAAAGUGAAGCGCUCCUUUGUCGGCAGUGGCGGCCAGAUCUCAGCACUGGAACGCCGUCCCGACUCUUCCUUGCCAGUCCCCCAUGUCGCUGAAGACACUCAAAUACCCAGCUCGACUUUCUCCUCCAACAACGCCGCUAAACCCCUCACCAACGGUACUUCUGCGCCAGAAGAAAGAAGAGGAAGCAAGAACAGUCAGAAUGGCACCGAAGACGCUGCAGGCUCACCAGAUGGCUCGUUGUUUGGCGAUGACAAUGGCUCUCUCUUUGGCGACGACAACAUAAAUGCUGACAAUAGCAACAACAAUAAUGCCUUUGACGACGACGACGAAUUUGGCAAAGCAAUAGCCACAGGCUUGCAACAGUCAGAGCAAGAAGACACGGAAAUGAUGGAUGCAGGAGGUCCCGUACAACCAUCCGAAGACGCCACAGCCGUAUCUCAACAUGCCACCGACACCUCACUCUCCCAAGCACAAGCAGAAACAGACGCAGCACCCUCAGACCUCCCAGACGCUCUCCCAACCGCCCUCCCCCACGCCGAAGAAAUAACCACAAACGGCCACCACAACACUCAAGAAACCUCCUCCGAACUGCCCCAAACCUCCUCCACAACCUUCCUCGACGCCUCCAUCGACGGCACCCUCCGCAUCUGGGACCAACGCGUCUCCUCCCCCAUCGCCAUCAUCCACCCAACCCCCGGAGUGCCACCCUGGUGCAUGGGAGCCUGUUGGUCAGUAGAUGGAAACUCCAUCUACGCAGGCCGCAGAAACGGCACAGUGGAGGAGUAUAACUUGCACAAAGGCUUUCAAAUGGCGACGCCGCAACGGGUGUUCAAGUUACCAGGUGGGAGUGGUGCGGUGAGCGCGGUGAGGGGUAUGCCUAAUGGUAGGCAUUUGAUUUGUGCUUCUUAUGAUAUUUUGCGUCUCUACGAUCUAAGAGAUGUAGAGAAUACUCGCUCGACGGUGCCGUUUCUUAUCGUUCCUGGUCAUCGCACUGGCGUCAUUUCAGCACUGCAUAUUGAUCCAGCGGCUAGAUUUAUGAUUUCCACGGCUGGAAAUCGGGGAUGGGAGGGUGCGAGCACAGAAGUCAUGCUCGGGUAUGAGAUUGGUUGUGUCAUGCCUUCUUGACGAAUUUGAAGAUGCUAGGGGCAAAAGGAGGGAGAGGAAGUACAUGGAGUUUUUUUUUUUCAG